AUGGCCGCUCCGCUCGCGCACCGGGGCCUGGCCGACAUGCCGGACCUGAGCCACCUCACCGACGAAGAGAGGAGGAUCAUCCUCGACGUCAUGGACCGCCAGAAGCGAGAAGAGGAGAAGGAACAGUCCAUGCUGAAGGUCAAAGAAGAUCCAAAGCCUCAGUCGGCACAGUGGUUCAAAAGUCCCUUUAGCGGGAUCACGGAGCUGGUUAAUAACGUUCUCCAGCCGCAGACUAAGUCCCAAAAUGAGCCUCAAAAAGACGCGGCGACGGAGGAGUCGGAAACGAAGCUGCACCAGCAGUUCGAGUCGUAUAAGGACCAGGUGAAGAAGAUGGCGGAUGAGGCUCAAACUGCUCCGGAGCAGAAAAGCGAGGCUUCCAUCUGUGGAAUUUGCCACAAGACCAAGUUCGCUGAUGGCUGUGGUCACCUCUGUUCAUAUUGCCAAACCAAGUUCUGCGCCCGCUGUGGGGGGCGAGUCUCUCUUCGCUCCAACAAGGUGAUGUGGGUAUGCAACUUGUGCCGAAAACAACAGGAAAUCCUCACAAAGUCCGGAGCCUGGUUCUACAGCGGGCCGGGCUCCGGGGUGCCUCCGGGGGUCACUGGGGUCAUGCGCAGGCGCCAUGAAGAGGCCCCUCAGGAGAAGAAAGCCAAACUGCACGAGGCGCCGUUAUUAUACCAGGGCACCACCACUGAACGCAGCAGGGCUCCUGGUCUCCUUCGUCAACACUCUCUCGACCCUGACAGGAAAAGAAGCCCUUCAGCAUCUAGGGGGCCAAAUCCGAACUACCAAAGGGAGGAUCGUCCAUCACACUAUGCCCCAGGACAAGGUGGCAUGCCACGAUCACCCUCUGACUAUGGUCGUCCCUAUGAGGACGCCCAGUCAGCUCGGGCCUCAUAUCGUACCCGACGUGGUGCAUGGCACUCCCAGGAGGAGGAACAGCACCACCCUCAUCCUCACGAGCCAGGCUUGGUAUCCGAGCGUGAUCUCCAUCACCCGGACGAGUGCCACACACGUUACCGGAGUGACCCGAACCUGGCACGGUACCCAGUGAAGCCACAGCCAUACGAGGAACAGAUGCGCAUGAAUGCUGAGAUGUCUCGUUUCCGCCACGAGCGGCGCCACAGCGACGUCUCCCUGGCGUGCACCGAGGCAGAAGAACGGCCCGGGGCAUGGCGUUACGGACACGUCCAAUCCCACGCUCCAUCUUACGGUCACCGGCCCUCCAAUUCUGGCCCACGGGACAAGACGGACAACCUGCUGCGCAAUGACUCACUUAGUUCAGACCAGUCAGAAUCCGUGCGUCCACCACCACCCAGACCUCAUAAAAGCAAGCGAGGGGGCAAAGUAAGGCGGGCCUCGCUGAGCAGCUCAGACGAAGAGCUUCCAACGACACCCGAGUAUACAAGCUGCGAGGAUGUAGAGAUUGAGAGCGAGUCGGUCAGUGAAAAAGGGGACAGUCAAAGGGGAAAAAGAGAAACUAUUGAGCAGGGACACAUCUUAUCAGAGGGCCAAAAGAAAAUGGUGCGCUUUUGGGGCCACUCGUUGGAAGAGGAUGCCGAGUGGGGCGAGCCGCAGGUUAAAGACUCGGGCGUUGACACAUGCAGUAGCACAACGCUAAACGAGGAGCAUAGCCAUAGCGAGAAGCACCCUGUCACAUGGCAACCGUCCAAAGAUGGAGACCGUCUCAUCGGCCGCAUUUUCCUCAACAAACGGCUCAAGGAUGGAAGCGUUCCUCGCGACUCCGGAGCUCUCCUGGGGCUAAAAGUGGUUGGCGGAAAAAUGACAGAGUCUGGUCGACUCUGUGCGUUCAUCACUAAAGUAAGGAAAGGAAGCUUAGCAGACACUGUAGGACAUCUCAGACCAGGCGAUCAGGUCCUGGAGUGGAAUGGGAGAAACUUACAAGGAGCCACAUUUAAAGAAGUUUACAAUAUCAUUUUAGAAUCCAAGCCAGAGCCUCAGGUGGAACUGGUGGUGUCCCGACCCAUCGGAGACAUUCCCAGGAUACCAGACAGCACACACACACAACUGGAGUCGAGUUCCAGCUCAUUUGAGUCACAGAAGAUGGACCGGCCAUCCAUAUCCAUUACAUCUCCCAUGAGCCCCAGCAUGCUGCGAGACGCACCGCAGUACUUAUCCGGACAGCUCUCUAGCCAAAGCCUUAGUAGGAGAAUAGAGCCUUUUAACCCUAGGGUUCAGGUUAAACUCUGGUACGAUAAAGUAGGCCACCAGCUCAUCGUCACCAUCCUGGGAGCCAAGGACCUGCCAUCGCGUGAAGACGGACGACCAAGGAACCCCUACGUUAAAAUCUAUUUCCUCCCGGACCGAAGUUUGAAUUAUUGUUCCACCAGUGACAAAAGCAAGAGGAGAACUAAAACAGUAAAGAAGUCAUUAGAGCCCAAAUGGAACCAGACGUUCAUGUACUCACCGGUACAUCGACGUGAGUUUCGCGAGCGCAUGCUGGAGAUCACGCUGUGGGACCAGGCACGAGUUCGUGAAGAGGAGAGCGAAUUCCUCGGAGAGAUCCUGAUCGAGUUGGAGACGGCGCUGAUGGACGACGAGCCGCACUGGUACAAGCUGCAAAUGCAUGACGUCUCUUCGAUGCCUCUGCCCAAGAGUUCCCCCUACCUUCAAAGGCGAACGAUGCACGGAGACAGUCCCAGUCGCAGACUACAGACUCAUGGCUCGUAUAAUUCAGGAUCUCACAGAGUCAGCGACAGCGAGAUUUCCGAUUAUGACUGUGAGGAUGGAGUGGGAGUCGUUUCAGACUACAGACAAAAUGGACGUGACCUCCAAAGCUCCACCCUAUCUGUGCCCGAGCAGGUCCUCUCAUCCAAUCACUGCUCGCGGUCGGUGGACAUUGAACGAGCACGUUCACGAUCACCCAGCGUUCCCCCUCCUCAGAGGAAUUACGGCAUGCCGGACAGGCGCGAAAUGGAACGGCCCAUGUACACGCGCUCACGUUCCACCGAGCGCCCCCCUGAUGCCCACCACAUGAGAUCGUCCAUGCCCACGCUGUCAUCCGGACACUCCGCACCGCCCUCGCCUGCCUUAACGAGGGCACACCCCCGCAGUGGAUCGGUCCAAACCAGUCCUACAAGCACACCCAUGAACAGCAGGAGAGGACGGCAGCUACCACAACUGCCAUCAAAGGGGACGCUAGACAGAAAAGACGGACGAGAAGACCUUGAGCCAGGUCCAGAUGAAGAGGAGGAACCUGUUGUAUAUUACUCCAUUCCCAUUCAGUCAUCAUUUGACCCAGAAGCAGGUGCUAUGGAAAUGGAGGAGAGGACACGCCAGAUGAAGCUGAAGGUGGACAAGUAUAAGCAAGGAACAGGCUCUGACUCCCGCCUGGAGCAAGACCGCCACUCAAAGCAUUCUGGCAGGGAUGGGAAACACGGGUUGGACAGUCUUUCAGCCAAAUCUUCCGACAGCGACGUGAGUGACGUGUCCGCUGUGUCGAGAAGCAGCAGUGCCUCUCGCUUCAGCAGCGCGAGCUACAUGUCUGUCCAGUCGGAGCGGCCUCGAGGCAACCGCAAAAUCAGCAAAACAAUGCAGGGCCGGAGCUUCUCCCAGGAGGGGGAGGAACUCUCUGGGGAUGUGUUACGUGAGGAGGAGGAGGGAGGGGUGGGAAAAGAUUGUGGAAGCAGGCAAAAGACAAAGACGCAUAGAGUAGAUAGAAAGGCGGAGUCAAUUGAGGAUUCGGCCCAGAGGAGGGUCUCAGACAAUGAUCUCAGCGACUUUGCAUCCAAAAUGAAAAACAGGCAAAUGGGCAUGACGGGUAGCACCAAUCUGACCAAGAGCACCAGCAUUGGCGGGGAUAUGUGCAGCCUGGAGAAGACUGAUGGCAGCCAAUCGGACACAGCCGUUGGCCUGGUGGGUGGAGGCCUUAAGAAGAGGCGCUCGAGCAUUGGGGCAAAGAUGGCUGCCGUAGUGGGCAUGUCCCGCAAGAGUCGCAGUACCUCACAACUCAGCCAAACAGAAGCAGGAGGAAAGAAACUGCGCAGCACUGUUCAGAGAAGCACCGAGACAGGUUUGGCCGUGGAGAUGAGGAACAGAAUGACACGACAGGCUAGCCGCGAGUCCACUGACGGCAGCAUGAAUAGCUUCAGCUCAGAGGGGAACCUGAUCUUUCCUGGAGUGCGACUCUCCGCGGACAGCCAGUUUAGCGACUUCUUGGAUGGACUAGGCCCCGCCCAGUUAGUAGGCCGACAGACUUUGGCCACACCUCCCAUGGGCGACAUUCAGAUCGGAAUGGUGGAGAAGAAAGGAGCUCUGGAGGUGGAAGUCAUUCGGGCCCGAGGCCUUGUGGGUAAACCAGGAUCUAAGGCACUGCCAGCCCCUUACGUCAAGGUGUACAUGCUGGAGAACGGCGCAUGCAUAGCGAAAAAGAAAACGAAAGUAGCUCGCAAAACCUUGGACCCCCUUUAUCAACAGCAGCUGUCGUUCGAAGAGAGUCCAAAGGGAAAAGUCUUACAAGUUAUCGUGUGGGGAGAUUACGGCCGAAUGGACCACAAAUCAUUUAUGGGUGCCGUUCAGAUACUUUUAGACGAGCUGGACUUGUCCAACAUGGUCAUUGGUUGGUUUAAGCUCUUUCCCCCGUCCUCAUUGGUCGACCCGACGCUCGCCCCUCUUACUCGAAGAGCAUCGCAGACUUCUUUGGACAGCAGCUCUGCACCGUUCGGCCGCUCGUAGCACAGCGCUAGCGACUAGCCUGGUUGUUGUAGCAUCAUCCAUCAUCCCGAUGGUGGGAGUUUGAGAUUUGAGGCCAGCUGCUGCCCCUUCCCAGUAACACACACUGCAUGCUUGGUGUUGUCUUCUGAGCCUGUUUCUUAGGGGUGAAAACUAAAAGCGGUCCUGUGUUUGCUCUCGAAAAAAAAAAUGAAGAUAAUACUAAUAAUAGAUAAAUAAACCUAAAUCCUCGCACAUGUUGAGCAUGGAGAGCAACCCCUACAAUCGGGGGAACAGGCAGACGAAGAAAAUGGACCUGUUUUUGUCCUUUUCUAAGCCAUGGGGUUCUAAACAAGCCCAUAAUAACAACGCUCAUUCGUUUCUCUUCUAUUAUCGUUCAUUGUUCAUUUGUAUGUGAACGUUUGGGGAGAGUUCUUUUUUUUGGGUCAUGCCAUUCAAACAGACCCAAAGUUUGUGCUAUGGGAAUGAGUUCGUAUUAAACUGUCUGCACUCCCCAGAUAUGCACACGAUCGCAAGCGAGACUGUUUAUAGAUUUUUAAAAAGAAACUAAUAAAAAUGCAAUACUUAGAAGGGUACUAUCAACAGAAAAGAGAAGGUUUGAGAUUGCCCGGAUGAACGUUUGGAAUGGAUUUUUUUUUUUUUUUUGAUAUUGUAUGAAAUUUCAAAGGGACUUUAUUAAUUUUUUUUUUUUGCAUGGACAAAAUUUAGCUGAUCUUAAAGAAAUAAAUAUUUUCUUGAGAUUGCAACUUGCAAAAAAAUAAAGAAGAAGAAGAAAAAAAAAAAACAGAUCAGCCAUUUUUUGAAAAUUUCUAUUAUUUUUAAAGAAAAAUUUCAUAAUGCAUGGUUUUCAUGGGAAGUGAAUGCAAUGGUGGAAUAAAAAAAACAUUAGGAAUUAUGUUUUAUUAUCCUAAAGCCCAUUCUAGGGCAUAUACUGUAUUUUUAUGGACAUUAUAAUUAAAUAAGAACUUAAGAAUUUAAUUACUAGGGGGAAAAUAAUAAUAAUAAUAAUAAAAAAAAACAGCUCCUUUUCAUGUGAGGUAAAGAAACUGAAAAAAAUAUGUAUUAUUUAUUUCACUGAUGAAGGCAGAAGCCUUACUGAGAUAAUAAUGUGCAAAUUGUACAUGUUUCUUUUUCCUCUCCCUAGUCCCAGGGUAACUCUUGCUGCUCUUAUAAGAUUUUUUCCCUCUAGUACCAUUCUGAUGUUUCUGCAGGGCUGAUCAUACAGUCCUGCGUGUUUUUUUCUACUUUCUUCCGACUUGAUUCGAUUUAACAAGCAUGUUGAAAUGGAUUCUCUGCAACAUGGCUUGGGCACAGCGUGCAGUAACACAGCAUGUUUUAAUAAAAAUUUGGAAAGGAAGAAAAACAAAAAUACAUUUUUUAGUUUAUUUUAUUUUAUUUUUUUCAAUUUCUUGUACAGUGCAUGUCAACUAUGUUACUUUAGUCCCUGAUUGAAUUUCAAGAUAAUUUGGCUGGGUUUGAACAAAACAUUCCACCAAUUUUGUCCAAUUUUGUUAAAUAAAAAAAAGAAGAAAAUUUUGUAUACUGGAAAAAAAUCUUGUCCCAUUAGUAUUCAGGAGGAAUGAUCCCACGGUUGAUUUGCAAAUGGUCUCCUGCAUCUCAUGGACAGCUGCAGUAUUGCAUAGUGCAGAUUUCCACACAAGACUUUUGGACAACAUGGACGUUCGCAUGACAUGAACUUGCCACAUGAUAGAAAAUAGAAAUUUCUAGAUUUUCGUCUUCUUGCUUAGUUUUCAGAAAGUUCCUUUAAUAUAUUUUUGUUAUUUCAUUUACUUACAAGCCAAGACCCAUUAUUUUAUUUUAUUUUUUUUAUUUUCUAUUUUAGUAAUUAUUAAAAUUUUUGAGAUGAUUCUUCUAGGUAUAAUAUCAGAAUGGAGCUCUAAAGAGACAUUAUUCCUCUUCCAUGUAAAGCGAAAUCUAUUUUGGUGUUCAUUCAGUAUCUUUUCUUUUCUCUACCAAGAUAUGUAUAGUUUCUCUCUCUGAUUUGACAUUUGUAUAUAUUAUAUGUCAUAAGUUAUGGAAUUUGGAUUAAAACAAAAUAAAAUGAACAUGAGCAGACAACUAUAGAUAAGAUCGCACGGAAUUGGGAUAAUGUCUCACUUGACUAAGACAUGUUACGCCCUUUUUGAAUGCCUUCUCUUUUUUUUCUGGUACAAUGUGUUCAUGCCAAGGCUAUGUCUUGGUUAAGUAUGGUUGAGUACAGAGAUUUAUGUAAGUUAUUUUUCAAAUUAAACAAUAAAAAAGGGAUAUUACACUGAA